CUGAUGUACUAGUUAGUUGUUUAUGAUGCAAUGUGAUUUGUAGAUCAGUCAGUCACCAGUCGCCUGCAAUGUCAGCUGCAAUGUUGAACAAGCCGAUUCUCUUUCAUCCUCUUUCAUCAUCCCCUUGUUUCCCUUGUCUGUCAGGCAACAAGAUGAAGUUGGAGCUGUCCCUGGUGGUGCAGGGCUGUUGGGUGGGUGUGCUGACGAGACUCGGCAGGACAGCACUCCCUGGAGGUGUUUGCUGUAUGUACACCCGCUGCUGCACCAUACCACAGCUCACCCAUGACACUCUGCACACACUAAACAACCUGCCCUCCGUCACACAGCUCACCUUGGACACACUGACAGAACACCAGGAAGAACUGGAAUAUGUUCCGGGAUUCUUCCGCUUUACAGGUCUUCAUGACACAGUGUUGUACUGCUCUCGCCACGACCCUGUGACCUCAGUCCCCCGAGGUCACAUCAUCAACAAGACGGUGUCUGUGUGGGGUAGUGGCGGUCGUAUCAACCUGACGGUAGCUAAGUUCAUGGCUCUCCAGAAGGCUGUGCAGCCAGACCUGUACCAGAGCAUGGCAGACGGAGAGACCUGGCAAAGCAACACGUCUCGCAAGAGGGUUCGCAAGUCAGUGGACCGCACCCUGGCCCACCUGGGCGACUGUCUGAUACUGCACAACAAAACACAGGAGCUGAAUGGGGUGUAGGUGUUGGGGGUGGUGGAGGGAGGGGAUGUUCUGGAGGAGAGGGUGCGGUUGGCCAGGGAGAUGGCCAAGCUGCCAGUAGGAGGAUUCAGUCUGGACGGGCUCCAUACUGCAGCCAUGGAGACACACCUCCGGACCCAGCUCAUCACCGCCAUCAAGGAGCUGCCUGAGGACAAACCCAGGCUGCUGCAUGGCUUGGGGCGGCCAGACGAGGCGCUGGCGUGCGUGGAGGUGGAUCUGUUUGAAAGCUUCUUCCCCUUUCAGGUGACAGAGCGAGGCUGUGCCCCCUUCCCCUUCAACAUCACCACUGACCCAGAAUCCACAGCUAAAGAGGCGAGGGCGUCCAAAUCCCCUCUCAGCCAAUUAGAGGGCUCCAUGGGGAGACCAAACAAGAUGACUCCUUUUAAAAUCAACCUGAAAGAUGAGAGGUACAGAGAUGACUUCAGUCCGCUAGUGGGGUGUGGCUGCUACCACUAGAACCACAAGAGGGCGUGUCUACGCCACCUGCUAGUGUCCAAUGAGCUGCUGGCUGAAGUCCUGCUCAUGCUCCACAACAUGGCCCACUACUGCGCCUUCUUCACCGCCCUUAGGGGGGGUGCUGGCCAGCGACAGGCUUGGACCUCCUCAAGAAGAGAGUACUACAAGGACUAG